UAUACGGAAUCAAAAGUUUGCUGGCCAAAAUAGGAGCUGGAAUUUUUCAACCCCUUAAUUUGGUAAAGGAGCUAGCUUCCUUUACGGAGAUGGAUCUUCUCUACGACCCUGUAUAAAAAGCCCUUCCAUGGCUGUAGUUCUUUGCAAUAAGAUUUGAUCUCUACUGCAUACACAAGCACACACGUACACACAGAUCAAGCGCGCGCACACACACAUACACACAGAUCAAGAUGGAUCGCUCCAUCCGCCUUGUCUCAGCUGCCUUCGUUCUUGUCCUGCUUUUGGUGGCUGCCGAGAUGGGACCAAUGGCUGUGGAGGGAAGGGACGCUAAGAAGGUUGAGCCAAAGAAGAAGACAUGUGAUUCUCAGAGCCAAAAAUUCAAGGGGAUGUGCUUUUUGACAAGUAGCUGUGUGCAAUCUUGCAAAUCAGAGGGCUUCACCGGAGGCCAAUGCCGCGGUUUCCGCCGCAGAUGCUUUUGCUCCAAAAAUUGUUGAUGAAUUAGUUAAUCAUAAAAGUGUAUAUGUGUGGGAGAAAAACAAUCUGUGGAACCGGAGCGCGCUUGUGUAAUGAGAUCUAUUGACUGACUCAGCUGUGCUGGGUUAAUUGCUUUUGCUACCUAAUAAACUAAAUGACUGCAUGGAUCAUUUCUUUUA